AUGUUUGCCAGGAGACCAUCUCACAACCACAGCCACUCUGAGAGUUUCUCGUCCAAGUAUCGCGCAGGGAAAGCAACCUCCAGGCCCAAGCGCUCCUUCAAGGAGCAUUCUUCAAGCUCAAGACGCCUGGAAACUUCGCAGAAACCAGAUAGUGCUCCCAUUGGGGAGUCCCUCACAUCUGCAAUCGUUACGAUCUGUGUCGGCUCCGACCAGCGUCUCUUCGCUGCUCACGAGGACGUCCUUGGCGCGUCUCCUUUCUUCCAAGCCCGUUGCCGUGAGCAGUUCCUGGAAACCCACAAUAAACGCAUCGACCUACCGGAAGAGCAGCCGGAGAUCCUCUCCUGUGUUCUCGAGUAUCUCUACAAAGGAGACUACUAUCCAAAACUUCUUCAUAACAAACGUCGUGAUAACUGGCACUUGGAGAACACAGGAGCAGAUAACGAUGCAAGUGAAUGCUCUAUUUUCCAUCAAGCGACAGGAGCAGUGAUCUUGAAAGACACAGCUGUCUACUGUGCCGCAGAGAAGUACGGCCUUCAAGAGCUAAAACGCCUCGCCCUGCGAAAACAGGGCCUCCAGUGCGGCAUCCAAUGCAGCACGAUCCUGGCAAGCGCUCGGUAUGCCUACGAAAAUACACCUGAUACCGAUUCAAAGCUUCGCGCACACUACCUCGCCUUGAUCAUCCGUAGCAGAUCUACCUUCAAACGUAGUGGUACAAUGCAGAUGGAGAUGGAGCAAGGAGGGAGACUCUUCUUCGACCUUUUUGUUGCGAUGUGUAACCAUAUGGACGACAUGGCCUCUGCCUCCAAGUCUCCCUUUUCUCGUUAA